AGCAAUUGAUAGGUAGUUUUUUAAUAGACACCCUGGAGGUGUUCGCAGUGCUAGCUGAUCUUCAAUGUGAUGUUGUUGAGGCUAAAGUUUGGACUCACAAUGGACGCAUUGCAUCCCUAAUCUAUGUUAAAGACUGUGAUUCUGGUCCACCAUUGAGGAUUCCCAUAAAAUAAAUAGAAUUGAAGUGAGGUUGAGAAAUAUUUUGAAGGGAGACAAUGACAUUAGAAGUGCCAAAACCACGGUUGCUCUGUCUGUCAUGCACACGAAAAGAAGGCUACAUCAAAUGAUGUUUGCCAACCGUGAUUAUGAGAGAACUCCCAUUCUCAAGUUUACUUAUGAUUCUCCGUUAGUGACUGUUCAGAAUUGGGCCGAAAGGGGUUAUUCGGUUGUGAAUAUCCAGUGCAAGGAUCGAAUCAAGUUAUUAUUCGAUCUUGUAUGCAACUUGACAGACAUGGAAUAUGUUGUGUUCCAUGCAAUUAUUACCACUAAUGGUGACCAAGCCUACCUGGAGUUUUACAUAAGACAUAAAGAUGGCACUCCAAUUAGUUCAGACCCUUCAGACCGAAGCUACAACUCUUUCUACCCAAUUGAUCCUAUACCAGGUUCGUGCUGUCCAUCUGAAACCACUUGCAUGAUUUUGCCAUGAAAUAGAUGAAGCACUCAAGUGUUAAGUUCAUCUUUGCUGCAACAAACUGGAAAUUCCUUGUACAAUAUCUCAUUU